AUGCCUUCAGGAAUCGGUCGCGACAUGUCCCCCGCGUGGGCGCUGGUCUCACGCCUUGAUCACGCGCCGGAUGGCCUGAUUCGGGUCGGCAAUAUCUUGGUGAAUCCUAGCGAGCCUCAUCGGCCGCUCACCAGAGUCCCGGCAUCCGAGGGGCAGGAGGGCUAUCCACCAGUUAUCACGGCGAGAUCGGUGGGGUACUACACUACCCAUAAUAUGUGGAGAUUGAACGAUACCCCCGAACCCGGAGUGGAGAUCUCCCCGGAGGCUCGUUCUCAUGAUGGAUUAUUGCUCUGGGACACGAGGCUGUCCAUUGGGGAUCACCAUAUCAGUUGUUUCCGCCAACUAUGGGUCAGGGAGGAGGUAGUUGAGGCCAGCUUGAUAAAUGACCCUUCGGUUCAAGCACUGCUGGAGCAACGUAGCGGCGGCGACUGUACGCUGUAUCUAGUGAACUCUCUUUUCAUCGCUGAAAAUAUCACUAUCGAAGGGAAACGAUAUCACCUUCGGGAGGGGCGUCCAGAGGAUGGUGUCAACGUCAUUAUUAAGGACCAAGGCCCCAAAAUCCUCGCCUACAGAAUGCUUAAGGUUGUGAUAGACCCUGCACGAAGGGUUAGGCUCAGCGUUUACCGCCCUGCUAGAGAAGAUCCAUAUUUCUUUCCGGAUUCUUUGGCCGAUGUCGCCCACCGACUACUCCACCAGGAGAUCGGGGCCGAGUAUAUGAGCGAGCAAGAAGGUGAAGUUACGAUGGGCGCAUCUCCCCUUCCUGAGGGACAAAUCUGA